AUGAGUGAAGUUUACGGAGAAAUAUUAGAUUUUAUGAUGAGAAGACCUAAGUAUUUCUAAAAAAGAAAUGAUUAUGGGAUUUAAAUUUUCGAUGAGAAUAUUAGUGUUAUUUAUGUAAGCUUAUUAAACCCAAUUGGAUCUGUUAAAAAGGUUUCAAAUAAUUUUUAGACUUUAUUUGGUUAUACUUAAAAACAAUGUAUAAAUAGAAGUAUUAAUGAAUUUCUUCCUUCUUAAAUUUAAAAAAGGCAUGAUGAUCUUUUAUAAAAUUUCAUUUAAAGAUUUAUUUGCCCCAUUUAUAUGAGAAUGAGACUAGAUUAAAUAUUAAAUAAUGACUUUGGUAUUACUUGUUUGAUAACUAAACUAUUAUAUUAAGACAGAGAAUAUAUUACUUAUAAUAAAAAUGGAAAAAUUAAGGAAAUUUCAGAAAAAGCAUUUAAAUAUUUGUUCUUAACAUAUACAUAAUUAAAUAAAGGAAUUAAGUAUAUAUAAAAAUGUCCCUUGGGCAAUGUAAACUAGAUCUAGUUAUUCUUAAGUUCUAAAAAAUGGAAUAUUAUUUUUUUUAAUGUAAAAAGACACAUUUGA